CUGUGGCUCUAAAACAGGAAAAGAUUGUUCCUUUCUGUAUUGGCACAAGAAAUGCAGACAUACUGGAGCUCCAAGUGAUUGCACAUAAUCCUUCCUAUGCUUUUUCUGUGCCUCAAUUUGAUGAUAUUGGGAGCAUCCAUCAACAACUUGUGUCAUUUGUGAAAAGGGUGCCUCGACAGCAGCCAAGACUAAAACCACAUACUCUAUUAGGAUCUACAGACCAAAAUGAAUCCAUUCAGCGUGAUAUUGUAUUCUUACUGGAUUCUUCAGAUGAAAUGCAAAAUGAAUUUCAGCCAAUGCUUGGCUCUGUUGAGAGGAUGGUAACGAAACUCAAUGUGGACGAGAGCAACGACCGCGUCUCAGUUGUGCAAUACAGCAGGGAACCUUCUGUUGAAUUUCUUCUGAACACAUACACAACUCAGCAAAAUGUUGUGGCCAAAGUGCAAAGUCUAAGGCAUAAAGGAGGCAAACCCCUCAAUACUGGUGCAGCCCUCCAGUAUGUCAAGGAUCAUGUUUUCACAGCCUCUUCUGGAAGUCGACAUCAACAGGGUGUUCCUCAGAUAUUGGUUCUCUUCACUGGUGGACGCUCCAGUGAUGAUGUCAGAAAUGCGGUAGAAAAGUUGAAAGGAAUUGGUGUGAUGGUGUUUGUGGUCGGGACAAAGAACGCAGAUAUCCUCGACAUUCAGACUAUUUCACAGGAGUCCGGUCGGGCUUUCUUUGCAGCAGAUUCCAGUGAUCUUUUAGGAAUUGAACAAAAAAUAUUUGCUGCCACCAAGACGGGUGAACCUGCUGCUCUCACACCAGGAUCGCAUGAUCCCAGCAGAAGAGAUGUUGUAUUUUUGCUUGAUGGUUCUGAUGAUUCUCAGCAAAGGUUCCAGGAUAUCAAAGACUUUGUGCAGAGAGUGGUGGCAGACCUAAACGUUGAUGCAAACAAAGAUCACGUGGCUGUGGUUCAGUACAGUAACACGGCAGAAAUGAAUUUUGACCUGAGACAAUACUCAGCAGAGGAGGAUGUGCUUGAUGCAGUAAGACGUCUAAAUCAUAAAGGUGGUUCUCCUCACAACAUUGGAGCAGCUCUGGAGUAUGUGAGGGAACAUGUUUUUACUCCAGAGUCAGGAAGUAGACUCCUGGAGGGAGUUCCACAGAUACUCAUACUUGUGAGUGGUGGAAGAUCUGGAGAUGACAUAAGAACCUCAGUGAGAAUGCUGAGAGAGAUUGGUGUCAUCCCAAUUACCAUUGGAACAACUGAUGCAGACACCCUAGAGCUUCAGACAAUAUCUCAUGAACCCAAGUACUCACUCUCUGUUACUGAUUAUGAGCAACUUCCUUCUGCUUCACGGGAUAUAUUAUCAUUGUUAAAGGAGGCUUCCCCCCAUACGGAGCAAACUGCUCCUGCUAAGGGUUUUGAUGCCAAGAAAAACGAUGUUGUGUUUCUUGUUGAUGGAUCAUAUGACUCACGAAAUGGCUUUGAAGAGAUUCGAGCUUUUGUAGAAAAAACUGUUGAAAGUUUAAAUCUCGGUGAGAACAGAGACCAAGUGGCUUUUGUACAAUACAGCCGUGAUGCCACAGUCAAUUUCUACUUGAACUCCUAUGCAUCCAAGAAUGAUGUGCUCAGUUCCAUUCGAACAAUGAGGCACAAGUUGGGACGACCCCUCAAUAUUGGCAAAGCACUGGCUUUUGUCAGAGACAACGUCUUUGCUGCUUCAAUUGGAGGAAGACAUGCAGAAUCAGUCCCUCAGUAUCUGUAUGUGUUCAGUGGUGGGCGUUCAGGGGAUGAUGUCAGAGGACCAGCACAGUCACUCAAAGAAAAUGGAAUAAAGACUUUUAGUUUUGGAACAAAGAAUUCUGAUACAUUGGAAAUGCAAACCAUCUCUUUCACACCAGCACAUUAUUUCCCUGUCCCAAACUUUAACAACCUGCAAAGCAUACAUUCAUCUGUGGAAGCAACAUUGAGGGGCACUCAAGAAACGACUGAAUUUCCAACCGUUAUUGACACUUCCACAAUUGCAAAAUUAGAACUUCAGAGUGCAGAUAUUGUUUUUCUCCUGGAGGGAUCUGAUGAAAUGCGAGCGAGUGAAAGACCAAUUUUGGAUUUUGUCAGAGAUUUUGUAAAGCCAUUGGAAAUUGGCCCCAGCAAAGUACAAGUUGCUUUGAUUCAGUACAGCAUAGAGCCCACUGCUGAUUUUCACCUGAACACAUACUCACUGAAAGACAACGUCAUGAGUCAUUUAAGCAAUGUCAAACUGAAAGGAGGUGUCACCACGAACACCGGUGGAGCUCUUGAUUAUGUGAAGAACAACGUGUUGUCUGCUUCAUCUGGAAGCAGAGCCCAGCAGGGAGUCCCACAGAUACUGAUUCUCUUAAGAGGGAGAAAGUCAGAAGACGACCUCUUUGGUCCAGUGGAGAGACUGAGAAAGGCUGGAAUUGUUCUUUUCAGUGUCUGGGUAAAGGAUGCAGACAGACAGGAGAUGGAUCAAUUGGCACAAAGUUCAAUGGAACAGUAUUUUAUCAAGGAGAAGUCUGACUUCCCUCUUUUGAGUGAGCAGUUGCUCUCAGCCAUUGCAUCUCACAAAGGCACAUCCAGUGCUGGUGUAGGUGAGUGACAAUAAGUAUUGAUAAAUACAAUGUGUGUAUGUGUGUGUGUAAACCAUACAAACUACAUUUCAGUUCAGUAGUAAUCCCAUUUCUGUCAAAUUAUAUGAUUACAUUAUCAUGUGAUUGUUUUCUAGGUUCAAGGUCCAGCAUGACAAGAGACAUUGUCUUUCUCAUUGAUGGAUCUGAUGAUGUCAGGAGCAGAUUCUCUGCUAUACGGGAAUUUGUUGC